AUGCAUUCAGAAGCGUAUUCGAAUGUGUCAGAGGGCACAAACAUUGGCUUCUGCUGUGUGAGCUCAUCCGUGACAGAAGAACCACCGCAGGAAGACUUCGGACCACAGUACCACCGAACAGCACGCAUAUGUAUCUUGUUCUCCAUGAUAGCAUUUUCUCUGCUUGGCAACAGCAUGAUUUGUUGGCAGCUGCUCCCUUUCCGUCGCAAAAGAUUCCCAAAAUCUAAGGUGCUAUUUCUCAAUCUGGCAGCAGCUGACUUGUGCGUCACAUUCUUCGCAAUGUCCUCCCAAACCGUCUGGGAAAUAAUGGGCAAGGUAUGGCUCGCUGGUGACGCUUUCUGCAAAAUAGUCAAAUUUCUGCAGACUUAUUCCCUCACAUUGUCCACGUAUAUACUUGUAGCCAUAGCUCUUGAUCGAUACAAUGCCAUCGUCAAACCUUUCUCAAGAACUCCAGCUCCUAAAUCUUACGCUAUUGCAGCUUGGAUUACUUCUUUAUUACCAUCAGUUCCCUGCUAUUUCAUAUUUCAAGAAGUAUUGGUGUCGUCGAAUGUGUCAUACUGUGUCUCGAUCUUCUAUACUUCGCAGUACCCUCACUACUGGCGGCAGCUGUACAUGGCGUACAUAUUCUUGUCAAUAUUCAUAAUUCCUUCAUUACUUCUCCUUGGAUUGUACACAAGGAUACUUGUAGAGAUAUGGACUCAAUCGUCUGUGUUUUCUUCGAACGAGCUAAGCACCUCAUCUCUCCCCAGAGCAAAAACCAAAACUCUAAAAAUGACUAUUGCAAUUUUUCUAACUUUUAUCAUCACAAAUUUGCCAUAUGUCAUUCAAGAAAUGAUUCUGGCUUUUGGGGAUUCCAAGCUGCUCGAUCCCAACAUAGUUGCCUUAUUCGGAGUGAUUUCAGCCAGUAACAGUGCCUUUAAUCCUUACAUUUAUCUAACCUUUCAGUCUAAACCUACAUGCUUUGGAAAAAUGCUUUAG